AUGCAUUUACCCGCCGAUCUGAGCGGUUUUACACCGUACCACGAGAACCCUUUCAUGUCAGAGGUAGGGGUCAUGGCAGGAGAACGACCACUGACCAGCGUCCUUAGCGACCAUCCGGGAGAAUUAGUGAAAACUGGGAGUCCUAAUUUCCUUUGCUCGGUAUUACCUUCUCACUGGAGAUCGAAUAAGACGUUGCCUGCGCCGUUCAAAGUCGUCGCUCUGGGAGAAAUCAAAGACGGGACAAAAGUAUGUAUUACUGCUGGAAAUGAUGAAAACUUUUGUUCGGAGUUGCGGAACAACACUGCUACAAUUAAGAACCAGGUGGCAAAGUUCAACGAUUUGCGGUUCGUAGGAAGGAGUGGUCGAGGAAAGAGUUUCACCCUGACUAUCGCAGUGUUCACCAACCCGCCCCAGGUUGCCUUGUACCAAAAAGCCAUCAAAGUGACUGUGGAUGGGCCCAGAGAACCUCGCAGUAAGACCAAAUUACGCACCGACGACCGUCAUAUCCACCACCAUCACCAUCAUCUUCGGCCAAGUCCUCUGGAUGUGACACUGGAGCGCACCAGUCUGCCAGACCCGCUGAGGGAGAGGCAGUUGUGUCACCUGGCAGAACUCGAUCGCCUGCGCCAACAUUCCAGCUCGGGCAGUCUUGAACACCAAGCGCAACUUGCGGAGCUAGAUCGACAUUACCUGGACAACAACCAUAGACAUCAUCUGCAGCAGCAGCAGCAUGGCCAUUCAGGACUUUCAGAGAUGGAGGCGUCUGGUGCUUUAGUUCUUGUAGACUCCGGAGGACAUUCUACACCACUGGGUCAAAGAUCGUGGGGUUAUGAAACCAUUCCCUACAGUAAAGAGACUGGACAGCACAGGUCACACGGAGGCCCUGCAAGGGAUGAGCUAGUUUACCGCGGUAAAACUGGCAUCCCACUUUCACACGCCAGCCACGAGCGGAUGUUGUCCAACCAACCUGGAAUCAGCAUCCACACCCCGCCAUCAAGAAUGAUUGGCAGUGAUGGUCGCGGUUCGCCACUUCCAAUGUUAUCAGAUAACCCAAGGUCUUCAAUUUUAAUCAGCAGUCUUGACAGACAGCACCCAUCACCUCCUCCAACUUUAGAAUCACAGAGGUAUGAGACUCUCAGAUCUUCAUCUCCAGAUCACCAAAGAUCGGUUUCUUUGCACCAUCGGUCUCAUCUUCAUCCCAGAGAGGAAACGCUUGCAGCCCAAGAUGGUCAGGUGGCAGUACCUUUGAAUGUCAGGUAUGAACUAAGCCCACAGACUUCACGGAUUCCUCUAGAGUCUUCUACGUGUCUCACUUUGAGCACAACCUCGAGAUUUGCCUUGGAGUCAAGACUUCCCAUUUUGCUUCAGCGUUUUUCAAAUGGUGUGGAUAUUCCACUGCAUGAUUCUAGACACUCUGAACAGUUAUACACUGCUGAGAUAAACCUGCAGCCCUCAUCACAAAUACUCCAGUUGUCAACGGGAAACUCUAACCUGGCAAUCUUGGAAGACAAUCGAAUUGUAUCCUCAUCUCACUUGUCAGAUAACAGACGAAUGCAUGCUGGUUCAAUGUUAGAACCACAUAGCAUGCAAGCUUUGUCCUUGGCACCUCAAGUAAACGGAAGGGAAACAAACAGACAUGCAAGUGAAUACGAGAAUCGAGUUAUUAUGGAACAUCCAUCAGACCUCAGGGCAGCUCUGACAUUCCAUGGACAUCAUUCUGCAACUAGACCCUCUUCAGAAAACGCCAUCAACUUGUCCAUGUCUGAUGGUCAUGGGAUAGACACCGGUUUUUCUGCCUCAGACAAUCACUCAAGAGUCCUGCAAGAAUCUAAAAAUGACACCCACCCAAACAUCACGGCUUCUUCACUACAUGACAGCAGAGUUCUCAAUUCAAGACAUUUAGAUGAAAGAGUCCCACAGUCCAUGCAGUCACGUUCUCCAGUGCGUGCUUCCUUUCCUCUGCUGUCUCAUCCUGACUACAUAAACAAUGGGACCACUCCCGUUACCCUUUCAUUCUCAUCCUAUAUCACCCCAUCCCCUACCCAUCUCUCCAACAGUUUCAUCUACCCACAGAUGUUGUCCCAGAACUCCCAUCACCACACAUCACCAGGAGACAAAUCAUACGAGAUCCUGGGACAGCACCCAGAUUUUGAUGACAAGAGCUAUGAAUCUCCCAGUCAGUCUCGAUCAAGCACAGAUGGCAAAUACUACAAGAGACGGCUAUCCAGCUCCAGAAGCUUAGAAGAGAAAUCAUUUGAAGUGUUAAGACCUGUUCGCCAGGCCAGUGACGGGAUGUUUGACAGGAGGCAGAUGGAGGACAAGUUCUACAACGGCCAUGGUCCACCAAGACUUUCAGAUCCCCAUGUCAUACAUCGUAUAGAAAAACCGAUUCCCAUUUCACUUUCUAGCAGACACAUCUUGGAGAGGAAGAUUUCAGAUCUUGAAAUGGGAGAUCUGUCCCUCAGAUCAGAAACCAUCCACUAUCCUAUGACAGCCUCUGCUUCAUCGGUGUCAUCUCACGGGGGAAGAUCGGAUUCAUCGAGAUCUCCCGUUAGCAGAAGAAGCAGUGAUGAACAUUCAGACCACAUCAGUGUUUGGCGACCUUACUAA